AUGACUGUCCUCAUGCGCGUCUUGGCUCUGGCGCUCUUGGUGCUGGUCACAAGUAUACGCUAUGAGGAGCAUCUGGUGAACAAGUCCAAUGAUGCGUUUGAAGAUGAGGAAGACCAGGAUUGGGACCCGGAGGAGCUUGACAAGAUGGUGGACGAUGUGCUGGAAGAGAUGGCUAACAGAAAAAAGGCCCCGCCAGUCAAUGACGACGAGAACUUACACUUUGGUGGCGGCCUGACUGCGGAGGAGCUUGACAAGCUGGUGGAUGAGACGCUUGCUGAGCAGGAUGAGGAUGAGGAGCCGUCGUGCUGGUUGUGGAAACUGGGCAUUGCCACUUGCCUCAACUUUGAACACAACAAUCCGGGGCAUGACAAUCAGGAUGCCAACAGCAUUGACAGCAACACGGCAACACUAUCACUACCACAGACAACUAGCAUUCGGACGCUUGCUCGUACCAUGGCAUACGAUUCCGCAACAUCCUUGCUAAUUACGUAA